GAGCUUCGCUGAAGGGGUGGAAGGAACGAGGGUUUCCCGCUGUUUCUCCUUCAGCGCCUGCAGCUGCCUCCCCUUGGAGCCAUGGCAUGCGUGGACAGAUGCCGCUGCUGCACGGACAACCGAAGGCAGAGCAGCAUCCUCUACAACAUCCUGAAGAGCGAGGAGCAGCAGCAAGUGGUCAGCGGCCAGCCGGCGCCUCAACCGCGGCAGACGGGACACACGCUGGGGCUCGGCUGCUCGUGCGGCGCGCAGAGGCGGGUGGCUCUGAAGAGCCCGCAGGUGGCGUGCAAGGCGGCUUCGGCCGUGCUGGUGAAGACGCUGCGCUUCGUCAAGAACGUGCCCUGCUUCCAGGAGCUGCCCCUGGACGAGCAGCUGGUGCUGGUGCGCAGCUGCUGGGCUCCCCUGCUCGUGCUGGGGCUGGCCCAGGACCGCGUGCACUUUGAGACGGUGGAGACCACGGAGCUCAGCAUGCUGCACAGGAUAUUGACCAACAAGCGGUGCGAGGAGGAGGACGACGAGAAGCAGCAGCAGCAGCAGCAGCAGCAGCAGCGACAACUGCUGCUGCUGCACAAGAGCCAAGAGCAGCUGGAGCAGACCUGCGGAAGCAGCGGCGGAAGCAGCCCGAAGCUACCGUCUGCGGGAGAGAUCCAAGCCAUCAAAGGCUUCCUGUCCAAAUGCUGGAGCUUGGAUAUCAGCACCAAAGAGUACGCCUAUCUCAAGGGGACGGUGCUUUUCAAUCCGGAUCUGCCAGGACUUCACUGCGUACAGUACAUCCAGGGACUGCAGCAAGAAGCACAGCAAGCCCUAAAUGAACAUGUCAGACUGAUUCACAGAGGGGACCAGGCCAGAUUUGCCAAACUAAAUGUGGCUCUGUCCAUGCUCAGAUCCAUUAAUGGCAAUGUUAUUGCAGAACUUUUCUUUAGGCCCAUCAUUGGAACAGUGAAUAUGGAUGACAUGCUGUUGGAGAUGCUUUGUGCAAAAUUAUAAAGUCAUGUAAAUCUAAUAUUAAUAUAUAUAUAAGAACAAUCCAACAUGAGAAGUCCU